ACUGUUAAAUAGAUAUAAUCACAUCAGAUCCACAGUGACAUUCAUGACCCACAUCGUAGGUUAAUACAUUUAUGCAAUACUUAAAUUACAUAUGCAAGUCAAACAGCUUGGACAAGUGUUAACUGACUGGAAUAUUUUAUGACAGAAAUACAAACAUAACAACUAAUUAUAACUAUCGUUGAAAUGAUUAUUGAGACACAGUCAACUUGUUAUUGGAGAACUCUUAUUUUUCGUUUUUUUCUCGUUGUGGCUUAUAUCGCUCUCGGUAGUGGGAUAUUUCACGUACUAGAACGUGACGCUGCUGCAAAAGCUCUCAUCGACUUUAAAGAGUCUUACAACAAGACAAUGACGCGGAUCUUGAGUAGUAGUAUAUCAAAUCAUAGUGAAGUUGAGAGGAUAAUCCUCGAAGUUCGUCGUGAAUACAUAGAAGAGCUUUUUCCAAAGGAGUGGAAUUUUUACGGAGGAUUAAAUAUAACUAUUCAGGCUAUUACGACUAUAGGUUACGGAAAUACAGUUCCAAAAACAACUGCUGGCCGCUUGUUUCUCAUCAUCUACGCAACUGUAGGAAUACCAUUGAUGGGAAUGAUGUUGAAAGCUUGGGGAGAAAAAUUGAAACAUUUCAUCAAAUCAUGUAUUAUUGCAUUUGAAAUGAAACUACUUAAAAGAAAUGAUCCCGAAAAAAUUCACAGAAAAUCGUUAAUUGCAGUUUUUGUACUCACAAUCACUUUGCUGUGUGUCGUAUCAGCAAUCAGUACAAAUAGAGAAGAUUGGGACUUUUCUUUAGCAAUUUACUUUUGGUUUGUAACUUUGACAACGAUUGGCUUUGGUGAUUUUGUCCCCAAGGGGAACGCUAAACAGACAUCAGUUAUUGAUGUUGUUGAGAUCGCGUACGACCUGGUUUGUUUUCUUCUUGGCCUUGUAUUGAUUUCGACCAUAAUCCAAGCAUUAUCUGACUGGGUGAACAGUAAGACGGCACCCUCUAAGGAAGACAUUAAACGAUCAUUUGGAAAAAUGGCCAGUACACUCUCAACACAACUGUCAACGUUCGGUGAAGAAAGGCAACUGGAAACUUCAAAUAAAGAUGUUUCAGAGAAACAUGAUAACAUUGGCAGUACAAAUAUUACUCAUUUAUGAAUAAAAAAGCAUGGAAGAGUGGAAUAUAAUAGCAACGCAAGCCUUUGUGGCCUUGGUACAGUUAGGAAAUGCAUACAAUAGAUAAAGCUGUAUCAAAACAUUAUAAGCAAUCUGCUUAAGAAACUCUUUUAGAAAUGUGCUACGUACGAUAGUGCUUGAUGGUGCAUGAAGAAUGGCAGCUUCAAAUAAAUAAUGAAAAAUCACAAGAAAAAAGUUACCAUGGACAUGUGGCGAAGAUCUUUGUUGGUGCUCAUCUUUGGCCACAGAACAUGUCGUUAAAAUUUAGCAUCGUCAUUAAGAUGCAGGUAUAUUCACAGCGUGGCUGUAAUGCUUCAGCGCUCUCGUGUAAUAAAAUAUUAUGCUCCUAAAACUAAUGGAAUGCCAAUAUAAGGCAAAACUUUCGUUCUUUGAACUCAGCAAAGUUGGUCAAUAUCAAUAAUACUUUGCUUGGGAUGCGUUUGUUUUAUAGUAAAUCCUAGAUUGUUUAACAAUUGUAAUGUACACAAUUUGUAAGUUAAAAACUCAAAAAUCACAAUUUCAAGUAUUAGUUUAUAGUUAAUUCGUUAUUACUUUUACAAAUGUUCAUUUAUAUGUUUUCAUGAAAAAAAGGUUGUUAAUGAUUUCAUAAAGAAUUUGGUCAACCAUUUUAUGACAAACUGCAAUAAAUUUACUUAUGUUAUUUCAGUGAAUAAUA